AUGGAGCAGUUCGAGUCACUAUUGACGUGCUGCGUCUGCCUCGACCGGUACAGGAAUCCCAAGCUGUUGCCAUGUCAGCACAGUUUUUGUAUGGAGCCGUGUAUGGACGGCCUUGUCGACUAUGUCAGGCGACAGGUGAAAUGUCCAGAAUGCCGUGCCGAGCACAGAAUCCCAUACCAAGGUGUUCAGGGAUUCCCAACAAAUGUAACUCUCCAGAGGUUUUUGGAACUUCAUGCAAACAUCGCUGGAGAGCUUCCAGACCCAACGGCAGGGCAAGUAAUGGAAAGAUGCAAUGUAUGCUCAGAAAAAGCGUACUGUGCGCCAUGUGCCCAUUGCGACAAAAAAGUCUGCGAAGACUGUAAGUCAGCUCACAUGGAAGUUUUACGUAGAGAAAUUUCUAGAAUCAACAAUCAAAUACGCCGUGGUCUCAACAGGCUACAAGACAUCCUUGGAGUAGUUGAACGUAACACAAUAAAUCUUCAGACCAACUGUGGAGCUGUGGCUGGAGAAGUCGACGAAAUUCAUAAAAGACUAGCCAAGGCGCUAAAAGAUAGAACCGAUUUCUUAAGAAACGAAGUUGAUCGCUACCUUGCUACUGAACUUAGAAACCUCACUAAUCUGAAAGAUAACUUAGAGUUAGAAUUAAGUAAUAUACAAAGUAAUUGUGAUCUCGCCGAUAAAUAUAUGAACGACGACGUAGAAUGGGAAGAUACCGAGUUAGUAGAUACUAAAGAAAUUUUCUUGAAAACGGUCGAGUUCCUCAGAAACUUCGAUUACGAAGCGGGUGAUUACAACCGUAGAGUACGGUUUAUCAUGACCCACGACCCGAACCAGUUGGUUAUGCAUGUUGCAAGCUACGGUGAACUGAAUAUCACUCAACCUAAUGCAUACUCCUCUAGUAUGCAACAGAACCAAGGUUUGACAAGGUCAAAGAGUGACCACCGUCUAGCUACACAGUUCCGCCAACAAGAAGAAGCAAAGGGUUGGCAGGAGAAUGAUGAGCCCAUACUAGGCGGUCGUAAAUUUGGUGAACGCCGUCCUCCUCCACCUGAAAAACAUACAAGGGACUAUGGUGCUACUGAUGAUUACAGCGGGUAUGAAUCAGAACAUAGGCCAGCGAGAUCUAGGUUCCGUUCUCGUUUUGUCAAAAGUCACCUAGAUAAUGACUCUGACUCAGAACAAACUACUCGUGCAACUAAAGCCGAACAAAAAGAAAAAGAGAAGGAGAAGGUCGUCGAUACUGAAGAUGCUACCCGAGGGCCACUUAGUGGUAUAUUCCGAUUAAGCGACUGUACGCGUGUAAUGCAGAGGAUAUUAGACGUUGACAGUGGAAAGAAGAAAGAAAAAAAAGAACCUCCUCCACCACCUCCUAAGCCCGUCCAGCCCGCACCUCAGCCGCGUCAGCGUCCACCACCAGCGCAAAGGCAACAAAGUGAAGAUGAUGAAAUAUCACGUCUCAAAAGACAAAACAAAGGCGCCGCUGCUUCUUCACAAGAACCUGAACGUGCACCAGCUCGACCAGCAGAAGAAGAACGUACCCCAGUUAAUCGUAAACCGCCUACACCAGCGCGGGAGGCGUCCAGUGACGGUGAAUCCGAUGAAUCAGUUGGAUCUCUGCAGCGAAACCAGCGUAAAAAUGCGCCUGCACCACAAAAGCCAGUCACAACUACGAGGAGACCCUCAGCCACUGAAACGCCAGCUCCUCACCGUCCCGCCGCUCGUGCUCCGAGCACGGAAUCUAGCGCCUCUACUGAAAGCUCCGGCUCGGCGGUGAAACAUACAGGCAACGAGAGAACAGCACCAGCGGCAACUAACGGCACAGCUGGUGGCGCGCAACGGGUUCAGAGUCGGUUUAUCGGCUCUCAGCGACCCACACCUGCACCGGCACCCGCCGAGCCGGUUCACGAAGACUCCGACACGAGCUCCGAAGAAGAAACUGACUCGUCGGAGGAGAGUGACGAGGAGCCUGUCACGCAAAGGAAGCCCGAGAGCCAGGCGAUGGCUCGAAGUGACAUCGGUCCACUACUCGCGCGUAGCAAUAAUGCCCGUAACGAUGCCGUUGAAAAUAAAACGAAAGAGUCUCCUUCACAGUCGCGAUACCGCACGAGACAGUCAUCACAGACAGAAGAAGAGCCUGCACCUAGGUACAGUGCUGGGUCUUCGUUGAGCAACAGAUAUGGUAGCAAGCCAAGAGAAGAAGAACCGCCAUCAUCUUUGGAUGAUGAGACAAAAUAUCCCACGGCUAGAUCCAGAUACCUCGCCCUGAAAGAGCGCCGCAACCGUCUCGCAAGAAGUAAGAGCAGUCACACCGGUUUUGGUGCAGGAGACGACGACGAUCAGGACGAUCCGGUGUCACCCACAACAGCAUCGCCUUCUGCGUACCUUGCGGCUCGAUACGGCUCCGGCACUGGUGGUUCGGAGUUGUCUCGUAGCCGAUCUUCACACGCACUGAAGUCACGAGAGAGCUCGCCUGAACGGCCGGCCCCCGGUGAAAAAGACGGAGCGGCUCUCAGUUCUUGGGCGAGAUAUUUGAAGAACAAGUACGGGUCGCGGGGCAAGGAUCGCGAUCCUUCGAGUACAUCGUCGAGCACAUCCCGUCGCCUGUCUCUCGGGCUACCUUUACGCUCGGCAAACGAGCUUGCCAGUUCUGAUGACGAUUCAAAAAACGCGGCAGGCUCCCCCAUCUCCCCUACGGCGGCUACAGCAGCGGUAGCAGGUUUCGCAGCAGCCGGUUCCUCCCCUAGGAGCCAGUACAUGCAGAAACGCCGUUUACAAUUCAGCGUGGGGAGUCGGGGGAGCGAACCCGGAUGCUUUACUUGGCCUCGUGGUAUCGCUGUAGGUCCCGACAAUACUAUGGUCGUGGCUGAUUCAUCUAACCACAGAGUGCAGGUGUUCGAUUCUAACGGUAUUUUCGUCAAAGAGUUCGGUCAGUACGGCAGCGGCGAAGGAGAAUUUGACUGCCUGGCCGGUGUAGCUGUCAAUAGAAUUGGACAGUACAUCAUAGCUGACAGAUACAAUCAUCGUAUUCAAGUGUUUGACCCUCAAGGUCGGUUCCUGAGGGCAUUCGGUAGCCAGGGCACUGGUGACGGCAAGUUCAACUACCCAUGGGGCAUCACUACGGACGCUCUCGGAUUUAUAUACGUCUGUGACAAGGAAAACCAUAGAGUACAGGUGUUCCAAUCCGAUGGUACGUUCGUUGGCAAGUUUGGUUCCUUCGGUUCCAAGCUUGGUCAGCUCGAACACCCCCACUACAUCGCCGUCUCCAGCACCAACAGGGUCUUGGUGUCAGACUCCAACAACCACAGGAUACAAGUCUUCGAUGUCAAUGGAAGGGUUCUCUCAUCGUUCGGUGAAGAAGGAUCUGAAGAUGGACAGUUUAAGUUCCCGAGGGGUGUAGCAGUAGAUGACCAGGGCUACAUCGUCGUUGCCGAUUCUGGCAAUAACCGUAUCCAGAUAUUCCACCCUGAUGGUGCGUUCCUAAGAGCCUUCGGUUCUUGGGGAUCUGGUGAUGGAGAGUUCAAGGGUCUGGAAGGCAUUGCCGUGAUGUCUGGAGGCAAUAUCAUCGUCUGCGACCGAGAAAACCAUAGGGUACAAGUUUUUUAA